AGUGCCGCGCGAAGACGAGCAAAAAGGGAGCAAGGCAGGAGCGUAAACAAGGGGGAAUGCAACGUGGGGGUGGAUGGCGGAGAACGAGACGGCAACACACGCGCUCAUGCGCGCCUGGAACCCCGCCCUGUCGCUUCGGACGAAAGCUUGUCCCGUCGAGGACUCUCGGUCGAGUUUCGGCGAGUAGUCACGCUUUAACUCGCGAUCCGCGAGGCGGAUGCUACACGGGACGCGAGUUCGCAGGUGCGCCCAGAUGUAACCACGCAACGAGAAGGCUUGGAAGCAGGAAAAGCUGGUCGAUCCUUGGCUCCUGCAACCUGUGCCGGAAAUAGCACGCACGCGGACGGACGGAGAGCCGUGGUUCUGAGCCGGUGGCGAAGCUUAGAAGUUAGGCCAGGAGGCAGGUGUAGGUGUCAGGUGGAGGUCGUAGGCAGAUGUGUCGGGGUGUUUAUCAAGCAUCGAGCUGUUCUUUUCGUUCGACGGUUGCGCGGCUGGCUUGACGACAGAAUUUCGCCGUUCCGUCGAGGAACACUUGUGGAUCGUGGCGAGUAACAUACGCGACACACACACAUGCACACACACACACAUACACACACACACAUACACAUAGACACAGGGGUGCGUUAUUUCUAAAUGUAAGAUCAGGGAAUCGUUCGUCUCGCCGCUUUUGGAUACGCGUGUUCGGCCGCUCGAAUCGGCUAAGGUAAAUACCGGAGUGUGCGAGAUUUCUAGGUCAACAGGCAGCGGCCAGAGGCAACCAGUUGCGGGUGUAAUCGUUCUUGUAACCGAAGCCAAACGCAAGGGAAUACUAUGGUCAUUGUUGGGUGAAACAGACGGAGGGAUAGAAGGGGCUCGUUGGCGAUAAUCUAGCCGGUUGGCCAAUAAACGUCAGAGAUAACAGAAGACGGGGGAGGAUUUAUUUAUAAGAAGUGUCGAGGAGAGAGCGACAGGGGAGAGAAGAGGGUUCCUGUUGUUCGUUAAGGUCACGUCGCUGGUGAUCGGAUUUCCUUGAUUACGGUUACGGUAUCGACGCGAGGAGACAGCGGCUGUGUGUUCUUUCUCGCUUCGGUGGAGGAAAGCAAGAAAACUUCGAUCAAUCUGGGACGAACGAGGCGGGACGUGUUAUCCUUCGUUUCUCGCGUCCUGUACGCGACUUUUGUUUGAUUAAAACGCCAAUGCCAAUAGCGGAUCUGUCGUCGAUUUUCGUUAAGUGGAAUGAUUCUUAGACGAUUGUAUCUGUUCGUUGGAUAUUAAUCGAGAAUAAUUGAACGAAAGGAAGAAGCAAGAGAACAAGGAAGAAAUUAGCAAGAAAAUCGAAACCAGUUGGAUUAUUAUUAUUAUUAUUAUGGAAAAUGACUAGUCGAUCGGACUUUCUAUCGUGUUUUUAAAUAUCUUUAUUCGUCUUAUUCGACGUUGGCCGAUCAGAGGAGAGUGUCUGCAAAAGUGAACGAACAUCACCACGACCUAAUUAAGUUAUUUUGUUAACGAUUACGAGUGUCGUCGAUUACGCGAUAGAUGAUCGAGUGAUAAUUACCCACGGUGGCGGAUCGGAGCGGAUAGGAGUGCUUAGCUCAAAGAUAACGGCCUUGAAACUUUUCCACGCGCGGAUCGGAAGACCCGAGCUAGGCGAGAUGCUCUAUGCCCGACACAGCGUGACUACAGCUAAAAGGUCGUGAUCGAUCGACUUACUUCGAUGGCCUAAAAGAACUUUAAACGUGCAAGGUCAUUAUGCAUAGCGAUAAAACGGGGACGUUGUAAAGUGCUGACAAGUCGGUCGGUUCGUUCGACUGUUACCACCGACACCGGCCAUUUCGUUCGAAAUAAUACGCACACACACAUACACACACACACACGCACACUCGACGAGUCAUCUGUUAUACUUCUAUUAGCGUCCAGUAUCAGUAAGAACACAGUAACAGUAACAGUCUCGAUAGAAGAACGCGGUGCCCUGGUUGGAACAGGUCAGAUGAGGCGAUAGUCGAUCCGCGCGAUGUCGUGCGAAGGAUACGUAACCUUGGAUCGAGAAGAUACUGACAUUCGCGAGAUGUGCCACGCACAUCGCUCGAGCUCGUUCGAGUUCUCGCAGUGUUUCCACGAGACUUCGCAGACAUCGUCGCGUUUGACGGAGCGACGAUAACGGAGGAUCGCUUCGCAUCAGGAUCCAGCCGUGUAUCUAUUCUCGUGUCAUCUAUGAUGAUCGUUGGAUCGUUCACCGAACUCCACCCUGAAAGCCAAACGUGAGCGUCGGACUCGACAGAGUCAACGGAACCAAUUUGUACAUCCUCGUUUCCACAUGGUUCUAAACGUCGACCUAAACAGCCUAGAACCUCAGGUGGAUCAACAAAGGGUGAUCCUCGAUACUCGCUGCUAACUAACUAACGCUUCUAGAUUGGAGCAACCACUAGACCAGUGGGAAGCCGAGCGUUGGCCAAAUGACGCGGCUCGCUAAAUGAGAUCACCGAUCGAACGAUCCAGAAAGCUGCUACUUGUGGCCGAUGCGAGUGGAUGCUCGACGGUCGACAUCGCGAUCGUGCCAACCCACGAGCAAGUGAACGGACAAAAGCGGCCACGGCCGGCACUCGAUGAGUCCUAGUGAAGAUAAGGAUCGUCGAGUACCCUCGAUCGUUUGCCUGGAACGCCCGAAGAAGCUCCGGUUGGCAGCUAUCUGAGUGCUCCGAGGUCGGGUGAUGCGCGGGAGCAGCUCUGAGCUCCUGCUGGAGGCGAGCUGCGUCCAGUGUCAGAGCGAUCAUCACGCCGGCCAGCACACCGCCAGGCAUCAGCAGCAGCAUCAGCUGGGCGAGAAACACGACUUCCAGGAGCGAGAGCUACGUCAUCGCAAACUGUUGGAGCUCGGGUUCGGCGCUUCGCGGCGCCGACCGCCACGGCGUACCUGCCGUCAGCGGUUCAACUUCUACGCCACAUCGGCGUUGGCAUUCGUCGCGACGUCCGGCGGCGCGGCCCUCCUCUUCCUGGUGCCGCUGUACGUCGAUCCGGCCAUCAGCACUCUGGCCGCCGAUUUCUCGCCGGACCCAGUCAUCUGCACCACAUCCAGGCGCGAGGAGCUCGCUGGUCUAUUCAACUGCACCUGGAGCUCCUGCCGCGAGGGAUGCACCAGCGACGUCUACAGGUGUACGCACAUAUACGUCACGUACACGCCAUGGAGCAACACCAGCAUGAAGAACGACACCGGGGGUAGAAGCGGUUCGGCAAACUCGAGCGGCGCGCACACCUCGACCACCUCUGUGCCAACGCCAGGCGACGUGGAGGCGGUGCUGCUGGUGAACAUCAAAGGUUGCGGCUAUCCGCCGAUCGUCGACUGCGAGAAUUUCACCCGCGAACUGGGCUACGAAGGCGCGAAAUUCCCCUGCCAUUACAGCCGCGUGAACGGCAGCAUAGUGAUGGCGAACUAUAACCGCGAGGCGCAGGUCACCACCAUCAUACACUUCUUCGCGGCGCCUUUCGUAGUGACUCUCGCGACCAGCGUCGCUCUGUGUGUGAUGCACUGUGACUGCAGGUGCAGUCCACCGCCACGGCAUUCGUCGCGAGGAAUCAGAAGAGGCAGGGGCAACGAUCUCAGCGAUCACUCGAUAAGCAACCGCGUGGAUCGGCGAGGUCAUCCAACGCACUGCGAGUGCGGCGAAGUGACCAGGCCCUUAUGACGACGCGAGGAAACGGCCGAGAGUGCCCUGGCCACGUCGCAGUCCGACUUCUAGGCCUGUUCCACUCACUUCCACGUUUCGCCCUCGGCCGUUUUCAACCCCCUCCCCCUCUCCCUUUCGAAAGAAUGUCCAACCCCUUUCCAUUUCUGUCCAACUCAUCGCACCUUGUACGUAACACAACCCCGAUCCCUCCCUUCCGCUAGCGUUCCACACACCUACACACUUACGUACGACAUACACAUGUACAAAACGACACGUGAAGCACCGUGCAAGAAACGGGGAAACGAUCCUUCGAACGUGCGAAACGGGAAUUGUCACGGUUUCUCUUUCAGUUAGGAAGUUGAAUCGCCAUCUCAAUGGAGAUAAUUUCGCCAUUUGUUCCCUCAUCCUGCUGGAGGUUGGGUGCAAAUUAACUUUCGGACAGCGGACCGGUUUGAUCAUUCCGAGCACCACCGAAUUGAACUCGAACAGCUUUGAUUUCAUUCUCUGCGUGGCUAGAAAUAGAGGUUUAUUCGAUUUUUCUUUCAUUAGAUUUUUA